AUGAUUUUCGAGGCAAAAGCCCAUUUGGAAGUUGAGCCUAAAUCUAUCAACUUUCUCGAAAUGGUCUUAACAGCGGCAAACAACCUUAUCCUCCUUGAUUUCCUCCUGAUCUAUCAGAAGAUUCAAAACCCUACCCUAAAUCUUAACUCUUGCCACCAUAUUAGGUUUUUUCAAAAACCCACCUUAGUCAUGGCUCUACAUGGAUCUAGCUUUUGUUACAAAGUGAGUUCUUAUUCUCGAGAGUUUAAGAGACUGCAGUGUUCCUGGAUUAAUAGUUUCAAGAGAACCCACAAUUUCUCUUCACCUUCCCUGACACCAAAUAUAUUUUUGGCUGAAAGACAUCAUUGUCUUAAAAAGUUACAUAUUGGAGGAGGAACCCAACCCUUUGCACAGCCUUCCCGCUUAUUGUCAUUAAGAGCAUGUCAAGUAAGAAGUGAGGAUUCGGAGGAAGUGUUAAGUGGUGAAAGCAUUGUAUUGGAUGAGCAAACCUUAAUUCGUGAGCUUCAGGUUGCCAUUGAAGAAGAGAACUAUGCCCAAGCUGCAAAACUCAGGGACAGCCUUAAGGUACUCCAGGAAGAUAGCAAGGCUUCAGUACUGGCAGCAAAUGCUCGGUUUUAUAAUGCUUUCAGGAAGGGGGAUCUGGCUGCCAUGCAAUCCCUCUGGGCAAAAGUGGAUAAUGUAUGUUGUGUGCACCCAGGUGCUGGUGGGGUUCUUGGUUAUGACGAUGUUAUGGAAAGCUGGGAGCUUGUAUGGAUGAACUAUGAUUUCCCACUAGAGAUUGAGUUGAAAAAUGCUCGAGUGCAUUUUAGGGGAGAUGUAGGUUAUGUUACCUGUGUAGAAUUUGUGAGAACAAAAGGUAGCAGUUGGGGGGCACAUUUUGUAACAAAUGUUUUUGAGAAGAUUGAUGGUCAGUGGUUCAUCUCCAUUCACCAUGCCUCACCUGUGGACUUAUAA